CCGAGCCCAGAGCGCCGCCCUCCCUCCCUCGCUCCCUCCGUCGCCGCCAUGCCGGAGCUGGCCGUGGAGCGCGUGGUGGUUCACCCGCUGGUGCUGCUCAGCGUGGUGGACCACUUCAACCGGAUAGGAAAAGUUGGGAACCAGAAGCGCGUGGUGGGCGUCCUCUUGGGUUCGUGGCAGAAGAAGAUUUUGGAUGUUUCCAACAGCUUUGCAGUCCCCUUUGAUGAAGAUGAUAAAGACGACUCUGUAUGGUUUUUAGAUCAUGACUAUCUGGAGAACAUGUAUGGGAUGUUCAAGAAGGUCAAUGCCAGAGAAAGAAUUGUGGGAUGGUACCACACAGGCCCCAAGCUGCACAAGAACGACAUUGCCAUCAACGAGCUCAUGAAGAGAUACUGCUCAAACUCGGUUCUGGUAAUUAUUGAUGUGAAGCCGAAGGACCUGGGGCUGCCCACCGAAGCCUACAUCUCUGUGGAGGAAGUUCAUGAUGACGGGACGCCGACUUCCAAGACCUUUGAACAUGUGACCAGUGAAAUAGGAGCCGAGGAAGCAGAGGAGGUUGGGGUGGAGCACUUGCUACGCGAUAUUAAAGACACCACGGUGGGCACGCUUUCCCAGCGCAUCACAAACCAGGUGCACGGCUUGAAGGGACUCAACUCCAAGCUCCUAGACAUCAAGAGCUACCUGGAGAGAGUGGCCCUGGGCAAGCUGCCCAUCAACCACCAGAUCAUCUACCAGCUGCAGGACGUCUUCAACUUGCUGCCGGACGUCAACUUGCAGGAGUUUGUCAAGGCCUUCUACCUAAAGACCAACGACCAGAUGGUGGUGGUCUACUUGGCUUCGCUCAUCCGCUCGGUGGUCGCCCUCCACAACCUCAUCAACAACAAGAUUGCCAACAGAGAUGCAGAGAAGAAGGAGGGGCAGGAGAAAGAGGAGAGCAAGAAGGAGAGGAAAGACGAGAAAGAAAAAGACAAGGAGAAAAGCGACACCAAGAAAGAGGAGAAGAAGGAGAAGAAGUAGUCGAGGAGUCGGGUUUUGGAUUUGUAAAUUAAAAUCUUGUGAACUGGU